AUCUCAGUGCGUGCUCGCCUGUCUGCCGGUGUCCACGGUAGCUGCUGCCUCGAGCCUCUGCCUCGCCAUGGCCGCCUACAAGCUGGUACUGAUCCGGCAUGGAGAGAGCGCCUGGAACCUGGAGAACCGCUUCAGCGGCUGGUACGACGCGGACCUGAGCCCCGCCGGGCACGAGGAGGCCAAGCGCGGCGGCCAAGCCCUGCGAGAUGCUGGCUAUGAAUUUGAUAUCUGCUUCACCUCUGUCCAGAAGAGAGCAAUUCGUACCCUUUGGACAGUACUAGAUGCCAUUGACCAGAUGUGGUUGCCUGUAGUGAGGACUUGGCGUCUCAAUGAGCGGCACUAUGGAGGUCUGACAGGUCUCAACAAAGCAGAGACAGCUGCUAAGCAUGGUGAGGCCCAGGUGAAGAUCUGGCGACGAUCCUACGACAUCCCACCACCUCCAAUGGAGCCUGACCACCCCUUCUACAGCAACAUCAGCAAGGACCGUCGCUAUGCAGAUCUGACCGAGGAUCAGCUGCCCUCCUGUGAGAGCCUGAAAGACACCAUUGCCCGGGCUCUGCCCUUCUGGAAUGAGGAAAUUGUCCCCCAGAUCAAGGAAGGAAAGCGUGUUCUGAUUGCAGCCCACGGCAAUAGUCUUCGGGGGAUUGUCAAACAUCUGGAGAGUCUGUCUGAAGAAGCAAUCAUGGAGCUGAAUCUGCCCACUGGCAUUCCCAUCGUGUAUGAGUUGGACAAGAAUCUGAAACCCAUCAAGCCCAUGCAGUUCCUCGGGGAUGAAGAGACCGUGCGCAAAGCCAUGGAGGCUGUGGCAGCCCAAGGCAAGGCCAAGAAGUGAAAAGCAGGCUACUGGCACAUGCCAGCAGUAGCCAGGUCCUUCCCUUCUCACUAUCUCUACCACAUCCUUCCCCCGCCUGUUCCACACACUGACCAUCGCCUUAGGGAUCACAACACGUAGCUGCAGGUGGGGGACUGAUGAUUCCUUUUCUCAUUUCUUC